AUGAGUGGCAAGAAAACUAAGCGAGUAGAGAUCCCUAAACUAGUUGACGCGAUUAAAGCGGGAACAUCAGAGUCUCUUAAAUGCUCCCUGAUUUUAACAGAAGGAGAUUCAGCAAAAUCUUCUGCGUUAUCUGGCUUAGCGGCACUGCCAACUAAAGAAAAAGAAUAUUAUGGCGUAUUCCCACUUAAAGGUAAAAUGUUAAAUGUUAGAGAAGCCGGAUCUAAGAAAGUCAUAGAAAAUGAAGAAAUUAAGAACAUUCUUCAAGUUAUGGGAUUAAAUACCUCGAAAAAAUACACGGAUUCAAAAGAAUUAUCUUCUCUCAGAUAUGGAAAAAUAUUGAUUAUGACGGAUCAGGAUUUAGACGGAUCACAUAUCAAAGGAUUAAUCAUUAAUUUUAUCGCCUACUUUUGGCCCGAAUUAUUCAAAAGAAAAGAUUUCUUAAAUGUUUUCAUUACUCCGAUAUUGAAAAUCGAGUAUAACAAGCAGACUAUCGUGUUUUAUUCUAUUUCUGAAUUCAAGAAAUGGCUCGAAAAAACAAAACCAAAAAGUUUCAAGGCCAAAUAUUAUAAAGGUUUAGGCACAUCAACAGCCAUGGAAAUGAAAACAUAUUUUAAGGAAUUGCGCAAUCAUAAAUACAUUUUCAAAUACAACGAGAAUGAUGAAAUAGAAAUCAUCAAAGCAUUUGCUAAAAAUCAGGCCGAUGAACGCAAAAAAUGGAUCACCGAAUAUCUAAAAACUCAUAAAGAUGAUUCAAUUCUGGAUGAUACAGCAGACGUUUACGCUGAUUUAGAUAAUGAUAAAACGAUUACUUAUUCUAAUUUUAUCAACAAGGAAUUGAUUUUAUUUUCUAUUCAUGACGGGUUCCGCUCACUGCCGAAUUGUAUUGAUGGUCUUAAACCUUCACAGCGUAAAAUUUUAUAUGUUAUGUUGGGCUCAGAAAAUACAGAAAAGCAAACUAAAGUAGAGCAAUUAGCUGGCGAAAUCUCAUCGAAAUCCAAUUAUCAUCACGGCGAGGCAUCGUUGAAAAAGACUAUUGUUAACAUGGCUCACGAUUACGUUGGUUCAAAUAAUAUUAAUUUAUUAGAACCAAUCGGCCAAUUUGGUACCAGAACAGCCGGCGGCGAAGAUGCUAGUGCAGAAAGAUACAUUAAUACGCGUUUAAGUAAAAUCACCAGAUUAAUUUUCAGGAAAGAAGAUAAGAAUAUUUUAGAAUAUUUAGAAGAAGAAGAUACAAAGAUUGAGCCGAAAUAUUAUUUGCCUAUUAUUCCGAUGAUUUUGAUCAAUCCCAAUCGAGGAAUUGCUACGGGAUGGUCUUCUUUAAUACCGAAUUAUGAUCCAAUCGAAAUUAUUGAUGAAAUCAUUCAAUUAUUAUGUGCAAGCAGUGGCUCAAAAUUAGCAAAAUCCGUUACGGAAUUUAUUCCAUGGUAUCGCGAUUUUAUGGGGAAAAUAAUAAAAAAUCCUACACAGCAUGAUUCUUACAUGUGUUUUGGUAGAGUUUAUGCUAAUCCGAAAACUAAUCAGCUAUUUAUCGCCGAAUUGCCUAUCAAAGUUUGGACUACUACGUAUAAAAAUAAAGUCUUAGACGAAUCCGAACAUGUUGAAUUAACAGAUGAUUAUAGUAGCCCGGAACAAGUUGCGUUCUUAGUACAUUUGAAACCCGAAUCUAGGUCUUUACUUUCAAAUCCGAAUUUAUUAUUUAAAGAAUUCCAGUUAUCUAACAUGAUUAGCACUAAAAAUAUGCAUGGUUUUGAUAAAAAUUGCGAAUUGAAGAAAUAUUCUAACAUUAACGAAAUUAUCAAUGAUUUUAUGGAAAUCAGAUACGAAUAUUAUAUCAAAAGAAAGGCAUACUUUAUUGAGAAAUUAAAUUUAGAUCUGAUAAUUCUUAAAAAUAAAAUCAGAUUUAUCAUGGAAUGCACUGAUGAGGGAAAAGAUCAAUUGAAAAUUAAUCGCAUACCAUUAAAUAUGGUCAUACAAGAAUUAGAAAAGAGAAAUUAUUUCAAAAUUGAAGACGAACCACCAUUCAAAUAUCUGAUAGAAAUGCCCAUUAAACAUUUAUCACGAGAUGAAAUUGAUAGAUUGACUAAAUUGUAUAACGAGAACGAAAAGUUCUUAAACAGAUAUAAAGCUAAAACGGAAUUAAAUCUUUGGAAAGAAGAUUUAGAAGAACUUAGAAAAUCAUAUCUGGAAAAUUUUAGGCCCAAGGAUAAAGAUUUACUAAAGGUGCUCAAAGAUAAAAGAGAUUUUGAUGCCGAUAACUUUGAAGAAUUACUAUAUGAUAUUACGCAUCUUGAUUCUAAAAGUAAGUCAAGUAUUUCCGAUAGUCGUUAUUUUUUAAACGAUGAUUCAGAAUAA